UAAAACAUGGCAAACAUCCAAAGAACACAAGUUCUUGUGUUAAUAAUAAUAUCUCUACUCAGCCGAAUAGCUCUCUUACAAGCUGAAACCAUUGCUUUAGAUGUUCAUCCAAAUAUCUCUACUCUUAAAUCAAUAGUGAGGAUAACAAAUCGCCUCGGUGAUGGUUCCACAUUAAACCUCCACUGCAAGUCCCCGGACGACAAUCUCGGUCUCAAAAUUCUAGCUCCGAAUAAGUCUUGGUCGUUUACGUUUAGACCAAAUAUUUGGGGGACGACAGUGUUUUAUUGUCAUUUCACAUGGUCUGAAGGACACUCAACACACUUUUAUAUAUACGAUGAUAUCAGAGAUGGUGUUCAUAGGGGUAUUCCAUGUAUCUACUGUUUCUGGGAUAUAAGCAAAGAUGGGCCAUGCAGGUUCAACCAAGCAACAGAUGCCUUUGAUAUAUGUUAUUAUUGGAACGGGGAUCCAAAACAAUAGUUUUGUCUUAUUAUUAUUUUCCUUGUGUUUUCUGAACUUUUUAUUUUCUUGUGUGGCAUGAAAUGUUUUUUAAUAAAGAAUAAAUGUUUCAUAA